GGCCGGCGCGCGCCGCGCCCAGGACUCGCGGGGCCCGGGGGGCGCGUGCCGCGGCGCGAGGCGGGCGAGGCGCGGGGCGGUGCGGCGGGGCCCCUCCCCCUGCAGCCUGGCGCGCGCCGGCCGGGCCGCACCGCUGCGGGCUCCGCGCGCGCGGGCCAUGUCCGCCUUCUGCCUGGGCUUGGCCGGCCGCGCUUCAGCACCCGCAGAGCCGGACAGCGCCUGCUGCAUGGAGCUGCCCACCGCGGCCACGGACACCGUCGGGAGUCCAGCCGCCGCCGCCCAGGUCUCCUUCCCCGGGGGGCCCGGGGAGCUGGAACUGGCGUUAGAGGAGGAGCUGGCGCUGCUGGCGGCCGGGGAACGGCCGUCCGACCUCGGAGAGCAGCCUCCGGCCGAGCCCGGGCCCCUGGCCGAGGAGGCCGGACUGCUGCCUCUGCCCGCCCAGGACCCCGAGCUGCUGUCGGUGAUCCGGCAGAAGGAGAAGGAUCUGGUGCUGGCGGCCCGGCUGGGCAAGGCGCUGCUCGAGAAGAACCAGGACAUGAGCCGGCAGUACGAACAAAUGCACAAGGAGCUGACAGACAAACUGGAGCACUUAGAACAAGAGAAACACGAACUGAGAAGACGAUUUGAGAACCGCGAAGGAGAGUGGGAAGGGCGCGUGUCCGAGCUGGAGAGUGAUGUGAAACAGCUUCAGGAUGAGUUGGAGAGGCAGCAGGUUCAUCUACGGGAGGCAGAUCGAGAAAAAACACGGGCUGUCCAGGAAUUAUCGGAACAGAACCAAAGGUUACUGGAUCAGCUCAGCAGGGCAUCGGAGGUCGAGAGACGGCUCUCCCUGCAAGUCCACGCCCUCAGAGAAGACUUCCGGGAGAAGAACUCCUCCACCAACCAGCACAUCCUCCGCCUGGAGAGCCUGCAGGCCGAGAUCAAGAUGCUGUCGGAUCGGAAGCGGGAGCUGGAGCAUCGUCUCAGCGCCACCUUACAGGAGAACGACGCGCUGCAGGGCACCGUGGAGGAGCUGCAGGACCGGGUGCUGAUCCUGGAGAGGCAGGGCCAUGACAAAGACCUGCAGCUGCACCAGAGCCAGCUGGAGCUGCAGGAGGUGCGGCUCUCCUGCCGGCAGCUGCAGGGGAAGGUGGAGGAGCUCACCGAGGAGAGGAGCCUGCAGAGCUCGGCCGCCACCAGCACGUCCCUCCUGUCCGAGAUCGAGCAGAGCAUGGAGGCCGAGGAGCUGGAGCAGGAGCGAGAGCAGCUGAGGCUGCAGCUCUGGGAGGCCUACUGCCAGGUCCGCUACCUCUGCUCACACCUGCGAGGCAACGACAGUGCCGACUCGGCCGUCUCCACGGACUCCUCGAUGGACGAGUCUUCGGAAACCUCGUCUGCCAAGGACGUGCCAGCCGGCAGCUUGCGCACGGCCCUCAGCGAGCUCAAGAGGCUGAUUCAGAGCAUCGUGGAUGGCGUGGAGCCCACGAGCUCCCGGAGAAUUGAGGAUGACUCCUUAGAAGAACAGAUAAGGCAGACCAGUGAGGAUUCGAGAGCCCUGAGGGAGCUCAUGGAGGGAGAGAGGGGUAAACUGAGGCAGAGCCUAGAAGAGCUGCAGCGACUCCACAGUCAGGUGACUCUGCUGAGUGUGGAGAUGACUGCGCUCAAGGAGGAGAGAGACCGACUCAGGGUGACGUCUGAGGACAAGGAGCCGAAGGAGCAGCUUCAGAAGGCCGUCCGCGACCGGGACGAGGCCAUUGCCAAGAAGAACGCUGUGGAGCUGGAACUCGCCAAGUGCAAGAUGGACAUGAUGUCUCUGAACAGCCAGCUGCUGGAUGCCAUUCAGCAGAAACUAAACCUCUCCCAGCAGCUUGAGGCUUGGCAGGAUGACAUGCACAGGGUCAUUGACCGGCAGCUGAUGGACACGCACCUGAAGGAACGGAGCCGGCCUGCUGUUGCCCUCUCCCGGGCCCGUGGCCCAGGGCGUGGGGUCGAGCCCAGCACCGCUGAAGGCAAACGGCUAUUCUCCUUCUUCAGGAAAAUUUAAGUUGGGAGGAGUCAGGCCAGUGAGGACGGGUGGACUGGAGGCGAUGAACGGGUGCGGGUGAGGCCCAGUGCACUGCCUGCCCGCACCGGGGCCACGUCCUCCAGGAGGGCCUGCCUGGCCUCUGAAGGCCGCCCUUGGGCUUCCCUAGGAUCCGCUGCUGUUGAGCAGGGCUCAGGCUGCCCCGAGCGGCCCGCCCCUCAGUGGCUCCCACGCCCAACCCCAGGCUGCUGUCCUCCCUGUGGGAUGGGGAACAGGAGAAACAGGCCCUCUGCAUCCUCAGGAGGCUGCCACUGCCCGCCUGCCCGUGGGGGCCGAGCCUGCAGGGCACCACGCCCAGGCCUGAGCCUCCUUCCUCCCACGCCCUGGCCCAGGGAGUAAGGGGAGGUGGCCCCUCACCCAUGUGCAUGCACCUCGCCGGGAGCACCUCGCAGGAGACCCAGCUAUGGGGCCUGAUGGCUGUUCUUGUGCUCGGCCGCAGUGGGCUCUGCAGAGGCUUGGCCGAGGCCACCCCGAGCCCAGAGGAAGAAGGGCCUGCCCCCUGGCGCCACUGCUCUCCCUGCCCGGCCUGCGCCAGUGCAGGCCUUCCCCCUCAGCCAGUCUUCUCACAGGUCCGCUGCAGGCUCUAGCCAUCCAGCCCUUUCCCCUUCAUGGGCCAGGGCUGGGAGGGGUCCCCACCUCCCAGCCUCCCACUCCCCUCACCUAUACAAGUUCUUGGUUCAGCCAAGCAAGUCCAGGACACAGAAUGGCCCCAGAGGCUCUGCAGCCACCUCCACCUCAAGGGCAGCACUGUCACCACGGGUGACGCCUGCAGAUACCGCCCCCCAGGCCUGCGGAAGGAUGAGCCCGCACUUGCUACUCCCUCAGCAGCCACGCACCUUCUCUGCGGAGGCCCUCACUCGGAGGCACCCGGCUGAGCCCGCCGCGAGCUGCCUCACCUGGGAGCAGCCCAGCAGGGAUGAGCGGAAGGAAUGUAUCUAUAGAUAUGUACAUACCACAGUGCUGUACUUUUGUAUGUAGCAAUCAUGUAAAUACAUGUAUGGAUUUUAUAAUAUACAUAUUAUAUAUAAAUCUAUAAAGGCAUAUUUUUAGAAAAACAGCACACCACUGCUUCUUUUGAAAAUAGUCUAAGAAUAAAUUGAAU